CCCUAGCACCGGAAUUUUUUCUCAGUUGGAGCUUGUUCGACGUUUCUUUGUUGGGCUUCAUAAAUGGCUCCCAGGGAGCGAAUUAAAAAGCGGGGUAACUUACGAAUUGAUGCUGCGCUGGAUGCUAUGAAUCCUUUCGGAUUUCAUCCGAAGUUGGUUCGUGACACGGUCAAGGAGCUCCUCAGUGUGUAUGGAGGAGACGAAGGAUGGGUAUUCAUUGAAGAAGGCUCUUAUACUCUCUUGAUUGAUACCCUUCUCGAGAAACGGAAAGAUGGUGCAAUAGAGAAGGUUCAUGAAGAGGAUGGAAGAAUUGCAGAUCUUCAGGAGACCUCUGAAGCGGGCUGUUCCUCGAAUGUUGUUAAUGAAGCUUCCACAUCUAAUCCUGGGGCUGAGAUUACCGUGAAACCGACUGAGGGUGUAAUCUCAUCGUACGUGGACAAUGAACCUUUCAGGAUCACAGCCACAGUACCUGCAAAUGAUUCAGAUGAAAGAUACUGGAAGGAGGAGGAUAUAGGUUCUGGUGUUGCUGAUAACCAUUUUAUAAGGAGUUCUAUGAACCAGUCUUUACUGGCGGCACAUACCCCGAAAAUAAGGAGGCGAAAACCUUAUCACGGGUGGAUCUCCUCCAGUGGCGACGACAGGGAAGACUUGGUGCACUUGACACCAGCUCAAUUGCCUGAGGAGUUUGCCAGGAAACAAUCCCAUUUGCUUGCGGUGUAAGGAAAAGAAAUUUCACCCUCUCUUGUUUGCUUGGGUAACUUUGGAAGAAACGUUAGGAAUCACGACUUAUAGUGGACUUUGUUCUGAAGGCUUUGGGUAACUUUGGAACACAUAUUUGGGUAACUUUGGAACACAUUUUGUUCGAGAGCUCUAUAAGCCUCAAGGGAGGCUUAUAGUGUACUUUCUUCGAGGGGGAGGAUUGUUGAGAAUUAGUGGGAGUGAGUAUCACAUUCCCUAAUUUAGGGAAUGAUGAUGUGUUUAUAAGUGAGGAAUACUAUCUCCAUUGGUACGAGGCCUCUUGGGGAAGCCCAAAGCAAAGCCACGAGAGCUUAGCUGACAAUAUCAUGCCAUUGUGGAGACUCUGAUUCCUAACAGAAACUCCCAAGGUGAGGGUAUUAGAACAAUUUGGAUUAAUUUUUUGUUUUGGAUUUUUAUUUCUAUUUAAAAAAUAUUUGAAUUCCUUAUCAAA